AUGGCUUCCUCUACUCUUUCUCCUGCUACCACUUCCCAGCUAUGCUCCAGCAAGAGUGCAAUGUUUUCAUCAGCGCAGGGCUUUGCCGUGAAGGGCAAGAGGACACAGAUGAUGGGAAAUGGGAAGGGAAUGAGAGUCACGUGCCAGGCAGCCAGUAUUUCUGCUGAUAGAGUGCCAGACAUGGAGAAGAGGAAGCUUAUGAAUCUGCUUCUUCUGGGUGCCAUCUCACUUCCCAGUGGCUUCAUGCUGGUUCCUUAUGCCACGUUCUUUGCCCCACCUGGCUCCGGUUCCGGCUCUGCUGGUCAAGUUGCUAAGGAUGCUCUCGGAAACGACGUGAUUGCAGCUGAAUGGCUUAAGACUCAUGGCCCUGGUGACAGGACCCUCACACAAGGAUUGAAGGGUGAUCCUACAUACCUUGUUGUGGAGAAAGAUAAAACUCUUGCCACGUACGGAAUCAAUGCCGUCUGCACUCACCUUGGCUGUGUCGUGCCAUUUAACAAGGCGGAAAACAAGUUCUUAUGCCCUUGCCAUGGAUCCCAGUACAAUGACCAAGGAAGGGUUGUCAGAGGACCUGCUCCUUUGUCUCUGGCGUUGGCUCAUGCCGAUAUUGAUGACGGGAAGGUGGUGUUUGUUCCAUGGGUUGAAACCGACUUCAGAACCGGCGAAGAUCCAUGGUGGUCUUAAACAUCACAAAGCAACUCUUAUGAAAAUAUGUAAUUUGAAUUGUUUCGCUAUAUCUUUCUUCGUUCAUAAACAACCUGUGUCAUAAGGUUACUCUUUGCUGAAUUUGAAGCAUUUAUUUGUGUCCAAGGAGGACCUAAUUUUUUGCCAUUUUCUGUUCUUCUCUUCUUUAUGUAUUAAUACUGGCUUUUGCAAAACCUGUUGUAUUGUAUUGUCUUGUA